GCGCCCCCAAUAUUAUCAUAACAAAACCUGAUGGGGCGUGAAAAAGCUUUCUAUUGCUAUGCGAUGUGAUGCUGCUCAUUGUACUCUCAAAUACUGUACUUUUUUUUUCAUAAUUGAUUUCGAAUUCAGUAUGGCACAUCUACUGGGUUCCAAAUUCUGUUUGGAGAGUUUAGGUAACGAUACCAUGGAUCUCCAAAGUGCUAUCAAUGAUGUGUUUUCAAGGGUCGGUCCUGUUCGAUAUCCUUCGUGGAAGUUUCCUGACAAGAUCUCCAGUGACAUUGAUGUGUCUGAGCUUUUAGAGGAGUUUAAGUACACAGAAGAUGAUGAAGAACACAGCCAAGUGUCACAUAUUGUUUCAUUUGAACUUGUGAUUGAUAGGAUGGUUUUACUGUUACAAAGUUUCACACGAUACAUAGAACAGUUGCAGCAAAUAAUGCAGGGUAGACCGGUAACUCGUGGGGAUGGUCUUGGCAGCCAAAUGUCCAUUGGACUAGUUGUUAGAAAGUUCUGGAAUAAGAUGGUCCAGCUAUAUUCUGCUGUACAGCAAUGUCAAUCAGAGAACAAGAGUAAAAGUCGGACUAUUCACAAAUUGGAAUCAAUAAAUAAGGAGUUACAAUUAAAGUCUGGCAAUGGGCCAAUAAGUCUUUCCGCUUCAACAGUUUUCCACCCUCAAAGCUCUGGAAAAGAACUGUUGAAUAAUUCUACAAAAUCACCUAUAUCUAUGGAUACUCAUAAUGUUUCCUGUCAAACACUUGAGACAGCAUUUGUACCUUGUGAAGCUUGUGCUAGAGUACAGGUGAGUUUGAAGGAAGUCAGUGAAAUGAUUGCCGGCGUGUGUGCUUCCCAAGGACUAACCAGUGCUCUUCGGAAGCACAUGAAAGACGAGAUUGAUGACACUCUGACUGCUGCAGAUAUCGCUAGAUGGUCAAACGAACAGAGCAAAGACUUGGAGAGGAUCAACCUACACCUGGAGAACCUGAUGAAGCAGAUUGAUCCACUGACAACAGAGCUUGGAGAGUCCAAAGAUGAAUGUUUACACUUGAAAGAGAGUCUGGCAAAAAAUGAGAAAGACUUGAGAAAAGAAAAGGCUCAGAAGGAAGCACAAUUGAAGACACAUCUGGCAAAGUUGAAGGAUGUUGAAAGAAAACAUUCUUCAGUGCUCUCAGCAGUAGAGAAAAGUAAUGAAGAGUUAAAAAGCUAUAAGAGAACACUUGAAGCACAAAUAACUGUUUUGAGAAAUGAAGCGCAGGAACAAAAAGAUACUGUGAAAAAAUUAGAACAACUCAACACGGAACUCACGGAUGACUUAGAUGUGAAUCGAGUUGCUAAGGGCAAGUUAGCGCAAGUUGAGAGCCAAUUGGCUGACAUCAACAAAGAGCUGGCAACCACCCAGGCAGAACUAGAUGAAACAAGUAGGAACUUGAACAAAGAACAAGCUAAAAAUAGAAGUAUACACAAACAUAGUCAGGGUCUGCAAAUAAAACAUGAUGCACUGCUACAGCGAGUGGAUGAGCUAAAUGAAGAGUGUGAAGAACUGAAGGAAAAAGUUGAAGAUAUGGAAGAAGGAAAAGAGAAAGCAAUUGAAACACUGACAUCCACCCAGGAAGAACUAAAACAAUUAAAAGAAGAGUUGAAAAACGAGAAGGAUUUAGUUGCAAAAAUAAAUUCUGAGAAAGACUUUCUAAUGAGUUCGAUUCAGGACCUUCAGAAAAUGAUUAUAACUCUUGAAGAUCAGUUGCAAGAAACAGAGGAAAAAAUGAGAAUGAUCUGCCAGUACUCGGACCAACCUACCGAUCAGACAAUCACCAAACCUAGAGACUCUGAAGACAUGUCUAAGCAAAUGCAGGCUAACAGUGUACGAAUUGAGGUGCUGGAAGAGACUAACAACAUGCUGAGAGAGAACAUUAGUAAACUGAUGCAAGGAGGACAGCACCUACACACACACAAGAGGGCGCCAUCAGGGCCAGCAAUUCCUCUAUGGCAGCAGUCGGGUGGAAGCACCAGAAAGCCAGAGGACAAUCAACUGUACACCUACAAAAGUCCUCCUGUUGAUACGUAUGGCCGAAAUAGUGGUGAUGCUGAUCAUCCAAUAUCUAACAUGUUCCCCAGACCACCAUCACGAGGAGGAGCAAGACAAACGUCAGCUGAAAAGAAAAGAACCUCAAUAAGUAGUGCACAGAUUGAGAAGGUGACGAGUUCAGGGAAUGCAAGUCUAGGAGCUUACAUGAAACUAAAAGUAUCUGGUAACAUCAAAUCAGCUGAAGAUUCAACAAAGCAUGCAGAAAAAACUCCAGGCAAAGCAAAAAUCGGAUGGAAGACACCAGCUCCUAGCCAACAAUCAAAACAAGAACUGUCCUCUGAAUAUAUUUCCUCACCUAUGUACGUGUGCCGGGUCUGUGAUAGGAUGUACACGACUGAGCAAGAUUUGGAGAUACAUAAAUCCUAUUGCUUUUGAUGAAAAAUAUGAUUAGUAAUUAACAAAUUGGGUAAAUUCAUCCACCUCCCUCUUCCGUCACAUGUUAGGGAGUUUCAUAUCCGGCUGGUAUUAUGUAAGGAAACAUGGAAUACGAGCGCAGAUGGAAUUUAUCGUUUCAUUAUGAUUUAAAACUUGGAUUCUAAUUUUAUAACUGAAAUUAGUAAAAAUAAAUGAUUCAGUAAGUAUUUAUAAAGUACUAAAAUCGUAUCCACUGCUAGUGUACAGUGGCUCUUUGACAUUUGCUCAGAGCAACUUGUUUUGAUUAGUAUUAUUAUAGUUUAUAUUGAUAUUUGUUUAUUAUUAUUCUUAUGUAUUGACAAGUUGGUUGUUAAAAUUAGGUUUCUUUUAAGGCUAACUAAAUGAAAAGGUGUAAUAGAGAGUUAUAUAGGAUUAGUGCCGCACAGGGGAAGGACUGAUCUGUAUGUUUUAAAUUUCUAUUAUAGUUUAUGAUCUGGGUUUUUUAUAUUAAAUAGAAUAAUUGCAAUAGAUAUUAUGAUGAUCAUAAAGCAAUUUUAUUAUAGCAAAUAUUUUAUAAAAGCUGAAAUACAGUGGACAAUUGUAGGGCUGUAAUUACAUUGCAAACCAUCAUACAGAUGCUUAGUAGAUUGUCAAUAAAGUUUAUUUGUCAUA